AUGAGUGGUGGGGACGCCUGUGCCAAGGACGAGGUGGAGCUCGCCAAGGAGGCUGCCGAGGGGAGGACUAAGGACACAGCACCCGAGACGAUCUUUGACAAGAUCAUUCGAAAGGAGAUUCCUUCGAAAAUCGUGUUCGAGGAUGACCGCGCCCUGGCCUUCAGGGACGUGAGCCCGCAGGCGCCCGUGCACGUCCUCGUUAUCCCGAAGGUUCGGGACGGUCUGACGCAGCUGCAGAAUGCGCGAGAGGACCAGGAG